UGUACGCGUCGUGCAGAAACCGCACGAUGGUGGGGACGCACACCUCAUAGCAGGAAAUUUACUUCACAAUAGUGUCCGUUACGGUGUGCACUGCGGAUAGAUAGACGCCGUCCGUGCGGCAGAGGCGUCUUCUCUACAGCAUGAACGCCCAACGGAGACGUCCAUACUGUAUAUAUCGGGAGGUACAGGUGGGUAGGUCCCCAUGUCGGUCAAGAUUGGGAUGCCCGUAGACCGUCAUGGUCUCCUCCCCUCCCGCCACCUCCGUAACCCGGCAUCCAGAAAAGUUUCGAAUACCCCCACCCCGCCAGUCCAGUUUCCACCACCUCGAGGCCGGCCUCACAGCGGCACCACCUCCAUAUGAUGAGUCCGCACUCUACCCUAGGCUAGCUGCCGCUCGUGCGGACAAUGGACCCUCCCGCCACGACCAUGGUGCUGCAUGGCAUGGCUCUGCGACGUCGAUUCCUUUAGCGUGUCGGCAGCAUUCCGUGGAAUAUGGGUCGUCAGUGGGGGAGCGGGCAUCGGAGCUGUCAUUCGGCCAGACAUCCCGAAGUGAGGCUCUUCCUGGGAGGGUUCUUGUUGCGCAGUUCGGUUCUUCUAUGUCUUCCCACGACAGCUUGGACUUUCGUGGCAAACAGAACACGUUCACGAGACUUCUAAGGUCAACCAAAGGGCGAAUCUUGGCCGCCGUGGCAAUAGUAGCUGUCAUCCUCGCCAUAUCCUUCAUCACAGUAGGCCUAAAACUGCGAAACAACACCCCUGAUGAAUCGACCACUCCGCUCCGCUACGGGGUGGUACAUCGAAACCUAGACGCACAUUCGAACUCCAUCACAUCCAUCGCGGUAUCGCCAAACAACAAAGAAGUCUACACUGCUGGUGGCAGGGACCUCACGGUCAGGUCGUGGUCUGUCGACACGGGCGAGACCCAGCUGUUACGAAUCCCCAACGUGACUCAAGUGUUUGGGCUGGCGAUGGAUCCGGUCGACUCUGCGGGUCGGACCCUCUACAUCAACGCCGACUAUACGGUCUCUCGUGUGAAUCUGCCACUCACUGGCUCAGACAACGCAACAAUGUUGUCUCCAGUAAGGGGCAACGUGUACUCGUACGGCAUCUACUCGUCCGUCAUGUACUACAGGUCCAACACCGGAGAGGGUAUAUUCGACACAAUGUAUGAAGCACCCGUUGGCGCGACGCAAGGAAACAGUAGCGACACCAGCGGCUCCAUCGCGCUUGGCCCUGGACGCGGCUCGCAUUUCCGAUUCUCAUCGCAGGGAAGCGGGUUAUGGGUUGGCCUGGGCACGCGGUUCAACGUCACCAUCGAGGCGGCUGUGUGGAGACUCGGGAGAGUCGGGACGCCGUUGAAGCUCACGUUCACACCAGAGUCUCUGCCGCCUCCGGAUAUACCCGGCGGCAACGCAACGGCAGAGUGGGUGUCCAUAGCAUUCGACUCGCGGCGUGUUUUCCUACUAUUCUCAGAUACCACGAUCUACUCUUCCCCGUUCGACACGGCUGGGGCGAGGAUGAAGGUGUUUGCGACGGCCGGCGCCGGGUUCAAGUUCGUCACGCAUCACCCCUUGUCCCUGUCGCCGGAUGGGAAGUGGGUGUUCCAGUGCGCUACGACCACCGGAGCGGAGACGCCUAUCGUGCUGCAAUGGAAUGCUGGAACGGGUGAACUUGUUGGAGGUUAUCCGGACGCCGGUUGGCCGUUUGCUCUGUCGGCGGAUAGCAGGUGGUUGUUUGCGGCGGCGCGGGCGUCGAAUACCUCGGUUACCUCGGUUUUGCAGCAGUGGGCUGUACUUACUUGAUUCGGAUUCCCUUUCUUUCUUUGUCUAUUCAUGCAUUCCAUUACAUAUAGAUCUAGAUCUAGAUCUAGUCAUCGCAUUUGCAACUGCAGUUUUGUACAUCGUUUUCACUGUCACUAUGCACGCAUAGAAAAAAUACUGCUG